AUGAGCGGUCUACAUUGCGCAGAGCGCAAACACAUCUACCAGCAGGAAGAAGAAGAGGAGGAGGAGGAGGAGGAGGAGGAGGGGGAGGAGGAGGAGGAAGAAGAGAAGAAGAAUGACUCGGCAGCCGCGAUCCCGACCUGUAUACCUAGCGGAGCGCAAGCGCAUCUACCGGCAGGGAGCCUGGCACCAGAGGACCGCCAACGCACACCAGGCUGA